UCUCUCUCUGUCUGUCUCCCCCCCUCCCCCGCCCCUUUUGCAGCCCACCUUCCAGAUAUCCCCCCGCCCCAUCUCCCCUGCUGCUAUGUCGCUCCUUGGCACUCGUUCUGUCGGCCUCGGCCUACGCAACUCGGCUCUGCUCGGAUCCCUUCGCCCGAGUGCCGGCGCGCAGGUGGCCCUGCGUUGCAUGUCUUCCCCCCCGACCUCCGGCAGCCCGCCGCCGGUCGCGGCCGCCGGCGCCGGGCGCCAGUCUCUUGCCUCCUCGGCCACGGCCAAGGCCAGUGAAAUCGUGUCGGCUGGCAUGUCUCGCACGUCCGGCUGGAUGAAGCGUGCCACCGUGCCUGAGCCCCAAUUCCAGAUUGUCAACCCGGGUUCCGGCGCCGUGCUGCAUGCGCACAUCCCCCGUGGGUCGCAUAUCGUUUCGCUGACGAACUGCGCCAUCUGCUUCUCGCCAAAUGUCCACACCCGCAUCACCUUCCAGGGCUCGCCCGUGGCAGCCAGCGUGCGCGCCCUCAGUGGCGGCGACUUCCUGAUGCAGCACUACUCCGUGGGCAAGUCCGCCUCGCCGGUGGAGCGCGGAUCCCUCAUUGCCGAUGAUGACGAUGACAUUGAGGUUUCCGAUGCCACCGAGAGUGGUGAUGUGGUCCUGGCGCCGAAGUUCGCCGGUGAUCUGGCCAUCCUGAAGCUUUCUACCGAGCCGGCCAGCAAUGGUGCUCACAAUGAGUACUACAUCGCUCGCGACUCCUUUGUGGCCUCCACCCCGGGGGUCAAUCUGUCAGCCAGCAUGACCAUGCGGCGCUUCGAGAAUGGCCACUUCCGUCUCAAGUCCACCGGAGAUGGCAGCCUUGCACUCGCCAGCCAUGGGCGCAUCUUCCGCGUGCAGCUCGGCCCUGAUGAGGUGUACAAUGCCAACAUCAAGCACGUCGUCGCCUGGAGCACCAGCCUCACCCUGACGCCGGUGUUGGCCGACCUCAUGGAGGAUGGCACCGAGGAGGAGGCCAUCGGCGCCGGUUCCGGGCCAAUUCGCUCGGCCCCUGCUCUCAAGGAGAAGGGCAUUGGCCGCGGCAAGUACUUCGACCGUGUUCGUCGGAACAUUCGCAAGCGCAUUCUCGGCGAAAAGGACUUCUAUUCCAUCCGCGGCCCGGGCGACGUGUACCUCACCUCGCGCCUUCCGCCGACUCUCCUGAACCUCGACGCCUUCAAGCGUACCUCCGCCCCUACCGCCGCCCAGGCCACCACCCUGUCCACCCCGACCAUCGUCGACAAUCCUCAGGCGGUGCCGGUCACCCAGCGGCGCUGAUGGACAAUGUGUGGGAGGUGAAUCCGCGCACGGAAAAUGUUCCCCCCCCCCCGCCCUCCUUGUUGCCGCUCCAAAGGCGGCAGAUGCCCACGAAUACACCACAUACCAACUUUCAC